AUGGAUGCUUGUAAUUUGUUAAUUGACAGGCCUUGGCAAUAUGAUGUAGAUGCUAGGCAUGAAGGUAGGAAGAAUAUCUAUACCAUCACUAAAAAUGGAGAGAACUUCACCAUGACCCCUCUCCCAGAUGACAGUAAGGAUAAGCAUAUUGUGACUAGUGUCAUGCUAGUAGAUGAGAAGGAGUUAAUGAAGGUCUUAAAAGAGGAAGAUACCCCUUUCUUUGCAAUAGUUUUCAAGCCUAAGGAUGAACCUAAGAAGCAACCUAAGAGUCAAGAAGCAAGGAGGAAGGUAGGUCCUAAGAAGGUUCAAGAUCUGCUAGAUAAGUAUAAGGAAAUAGUUGCAAACAAUACCACAUACACUUUACCUCCUCAAAGGGAAAUCAGUCAUUGUGUUGAUCUUAUACCAGGUGCUACAUUGCCUAAUAAGGCAGCCUGCAAACUGACCCCUGAGCAAAAUGCAGAAGCUACAAGACAAAUCCAAGAAUUGCUAGAGAAAGGGUUCAUUAGGAAGAGUAUAAGUACAUGUGCAGUCCCGACAGUGCUAGCUCCUACAAAGGAAGGAACAUGGAGGUUGUGUACAGAUUCUAGGGGUUUAUCUCCUAUCUUUAAUGUUGCUGACAUAUAUGCCUACAAGAAUGCUGUGCAUGAUGCUGGUGAUGCAAGUCUUGUUGAUCCACCUACUCCUGAUAUGAUGGCAGAUGUCCUUUCUCAACGUACACCUGAGAUUGAAUACAUUGCAGAUAAAAGAAUUAGGAAACAAACAAGGAGACAAACAUAUUGUGAAUUCCUUGUCAAGUGGAAGGGAAAACUUCUGGAAGAUGCCACAUGGAUGAUCGAGGAGGCCAUUAAGCUAACUUGA